AUGGCUCUCUGGAACUUUGCAUCCGCAACUUCUGCCAGAGAACGCAAAGUUGGCUCCAUGUCGGAUCAAUCGGAACGCUUUGGCGGCUCGACACGCGCCUCGAUGCAUUCGCGGUCUGCUCUUCGCACUGGCCUGGCGCUGGCCUGGCGUUGGCAUGUCUUGGCGGUCCCCCGCAUGGAUCUCCCGAUGGUGUGGCUUGACAUGAUCCACCCCACUCGCAUACGAGAUCCUUCCGCGUGGGUCGUCAUUCGCCACGUUGCUGUUGGGCUGGUCCGCAGAAAGCUGCCAAGCAUUCCUCACCGUCUCGCCUCUCGCACGUCGCCUUCCCGAACUCAUGCGGCGCUUAUCGCAGCAGCUUCUAGACUGCCAUACUCGCUUCCCGUCACUUGCACGAUUGCUGCCUUCCGAGACCGUGGGUUCAGGGCAUCCACUUCGGUCGGCCUCCGAUAG